AUGCUUGUCCAGGCUGUGUACGUGGUUGCAGCGCAUGUGGCCUGCCUCUCCAGGGCGACGACAACGGCCCAGGACAAGGUGAAGAAUAAGUGGACACUGGAAAAACCGGAGCAGAUGUUGGAUAUGAAGUUUAGAGAGGCUAAGACGACAGUACGCAUGCUGAGCAAAGCGGCCGUGGCACAUGGCGGAAACCGCGCUUUUGGAACUGCUGGCUUCAACGCUUCGAUGCAGGCUGUCCUUGGGCAAUUGGAGCAGUACUCCAAGUCGGUCAAGGUACAUAUACAGCAAUUUUCACACCUCUUUGAAGAGACGCGACAAAUCAAGUUCAACACGGCAGACGUCUCCGAUGAUACGCUUGUAUCUCUCCGAUACAACACUGCCACGCCGCCAGAGGGUAUUUACGCGCGGCUUAUCGACGCCUCACUGAACGACACCAGCCGAACAUUCUGUUCUCAAAGACAGUGGGACAGGACAAAGAUCAAUGCCACCGACAAGAUCGUGCUCAUGGAGAGAGGCGGUUGUCCUCUUGCCAAGAAGCUUAGACUUGCGACAGAAAACGGCGCCCGCGCAGUCAUCUUCUAUCAUAAUACAUUCCAGCAGAUUCCGACUGAGGAUGCCGUCACGUCGGAAGAGCAUAUUGGGAAAAUGGUGCCGGCGGGAAUUACGACGAGAGAGAAUGGCCAUAGGCUGAGCAACGCUUUCAAAGAGCGCCGUCUCGUCAGAGUCAACUUCACAGUCGAUGCCGUCGUCGAGAAACGGAAUAGCUGGAACGUCAUUGCUCAGACCAAGGAAGGGAACCCCAGAAAGGUCAUCAUGGUUGGAGCCAACCUGGACAGCUUCCCUGGUAGUGAGGGUCUAAACGACAACGCCUCCGGCGCGGGGGUCGUCAUGCAAGUCUUGGAUUGCUUCGCGCACCACAGAAACUUUACAAACGCAAUGCGAUUCGCUUGGUGGGGAGCUGGGAAAAAGGGCAGCGCCGGGUCUCGUCAUUACCUGUCGGAGCUCAGCGACUGGGAAGCGAGAAAUAUCGCGUUUUACUUCAACUACGAGAGAUUGGCAAGCCAAACCCCCAACUACACAGUCCAUGGAAACAACGAAGCGGACAUCAACGGGGCCAAAGAGCUUAUCAAGCAUCUGCGCAGCCAGGAAAUAUCCCCUCAAUUCACCACUCUAACGGCCGAGUCCGACUACACCGGCUUCACGAAACGCGGUAUACCUUGCAGCGGGAUCUCCGGAGGGCCUCCUGGUAAUCCCGACGAGCUGCAUGUCCUUAGAGAGGACAGCCUGCGACGAUGUGAUUGGAAAAAGCUCCGCACGGCUGCCAAGUCCGCCGUGUACGUUGCCGCGAAGCUGGCGCUGACCACGGAUGAGAUUCCACGACCGGAAGAUUACGAGUAG